AUGGCCGACAACAACACAGCCAACGUCAGUUUCCGCGAGCAGGUUCGCCGCACAUGGGACAGUAACACGAGCAAGCCUGUAUCCGACGCCGGUCGUGAGGAUGGCGCCAGCGAGUCUUCACCACUGCUGGGCAACGGCUCCGGCCAGCCCCAUCUGAGGGACGCCGACGGCGACGAGCCUCGCGCGAAUGGUCACUCCAGGAACAAGACGGUUCAAUUCUUCUUCGAUACGGAGAGGACGCCCGGCAGCGACAGCGACAAUGUCUUCGUCAAGUACUCCGCCUACACCUGGCACGUCACCAAGGUGACCCUCCUCAGCAACUAUGUCAACUUCCUCCUCUUCAUGGUGCCAUUGGGCAUCGUUGCCGGCAAGAUGGGCUGGGGUGCGACUGCUGUGUUCACCAUCAACUUCUUCGCCAUCAUCCCCUUGGCCGCCGUUCUCUCUUACGCUACCGAGCAGAUCUCCAUGAAGCUGGGCGAGUCCCUCGGCGGUCUCCUCAACGCCACCUUUGGAAACGCUGUCGAGCUCAUCGUCAGCAUUGUCGCCCUCAAGGACGGCCAGAUUGAGGUCGUCCAGUCCUCCAUGCUCGGCUCCAUCCUGUCGAACCUGCUGCUUGUCAUGGGCAUGUGCUUCUUCUUCGGUGGCAUCGUCAACAUGCGCGACCCUGCGACCGGCCUCGGCAUGGAGCAGAGCUUCGCCUCGGCCACGGCCCAGACGACUUGCUCGCUCAUGGCGCUGUCGUCGGCGUCGCUCGUCAUCCCCGCUACGCUCUGGUCCGUACUGAACCAGGCCGACAGCCCCGAGAAGGAACACAGCAUCCUCGUGCUUUCGCGCGGCACCGCCAUCACCCUCCUUGUCCUCUACGUCAUGUACUUGUGGUUCCAGCUUCGCACCCACCCCAACCUUUUCGAUUCCGAGGUCCAGCUUAGCGAGGAGGAGACGGAGGAGCCCGCCAUGGGCCCCGUUGCCGCCGGUCUUGUCCUUGUCGUGACCACCGUUCUCGUCGCCAUCUGCGCCGACUACCUCGUGGGCAGCAUCGACGAUAUUGUGGAGGAGGCGCAUAUCAGCAAGAACUUCAUUGGUCUUAUUCUUAUCCCCAUCGUCGGAAACGCUGCUGAGCACGUUACCGCUGUUGUGGUGGCCAUUCGCAACAAGAUGGAUCUGGCUAUGGGCGUCGCCAUCGGAUCCAGCAUUCAGAUCGCUCUUCUCGUCACCCCCUUCCUCGUCAUCCUCGGCUGGGCUGUUCUCGACCAGCCCAUGACCCUCCACUUUGAGACCUUCGAGACGGUCGCCUUUGCCUUCUCCGUUCUCGUCGUCACCUACACCGUCCAAGACGGCAAGUCGAACUACCUCGAGGGUGCCAUGUUGCUGGGCCUCUACUUUAUCAUCGCGCUGGCCUUCUACGUCAGCCCUAGCGACGCCAUGGACAAAGCGCUCAACCUUGUCAGUCGCUAA